AAGUGGAUCUAUGGGCGGUAAUCCCAUAAAACAGGUAUGUUGAGAGUGGAUCUAUGGGCGGUAAUCCAAUAAAACAGGUAUGUUGAGAGUGGAUCUAUUGGGGUAAUACAAUAAAACAGGUAUGUUGAGAGUGGAUCUACAAGUAUGGGGGUAAUCCAAUAAAACAGGUAUGUUGAGAGUGGAUCUAUGGGUGGUAAUCCCAUAAAACAGGUAUGUUGAGAGUGGAUCUAUGGGUGAUAAUCCAAUAAAACAGGUAUGUUUAGAGUGGAUCUAUGGGCGGAAAUCCAAUAUAACAGGUAUGUUGAGAGUAGAUCUAUGGGCGGUAAUCCAAUAAAACAGGUAUGUUGAGAGUGGAUAUAUGGGUGGUAAUUCAAUAAAACAGGUAUGUUUAGAGUGGAUCUAUGGGCAGUAAUCCAAUAAAACAGGUAUGUUGAGAGUGGAUCUAUGGGUGGUAAUCCCAUAAAACAGGUGAAAACUGCCCUUCGUGGGCUCCUGUCUCAGACUAUACCCUGCAGUGACAUUAAGACAGAUGUUAUUUCCUACAACAGUGAAGUUUCUUUGUUGGAACUCAAUACAGAAAAUUACCAGGAGAAAAUUGAUGGACUCAAGGCAUCAUCAAUGACAAAUUUUAUCAUCGUAUUUGACAAGCUUGAUAUACUGCUAACAAAAUAUGAGCAUUCCUAUGACAGAGCAGUAGUGGUUUUUAUGACUGAUGGCCAGGAUACAGCUAACACUAAUGAAAUGGUCAAUAAAAGAAGUGUCAGCUGGAAAAAAAGAAUAAAUUUAUUUAGCCUACCUGUCACUGUUCAUACUGUAGGCUUCUCGAAAGAUCACAACUUUAAGUUUUUGAAAGAUUUGACAGAGGCUGGUGAGGGAACAGGGAUGUUUAGGUACUGUGAGCAGAGUGAGGGUCCAGACACAUUGACAAAGAAAUUACAGGAACUCUUUGAUUUUAUUGUGCAAGGGUCUGGUCAGCAUGUAGAUGUUCAUCUUUCAAUAAAUGAAGAUAACAAAAUAGAUGAUAAUGGCAGAAAAGUACAAUCUUGUGUUGUCAAGGCACCUGUUACUAAGGAUUUAGAUUCAGAUGAACCUGUGGUAACAGCAACAACAUGGAUACUAAAUCAGACACCAUCUGUUUGUCCAACUAUCAAAGUUCACAUCAGUCAUAAACUAAAAGUGAAUUCUACUCUGGAUGAACUGACAUUUGCUUGUGAAGUAUGUAACAGUUCUCUGGACGUUUUGACUUCUGUGAAAGAUAAAUGUAUGUGGAGUAUUAGGAUUUUGUCUAGAAGUACAGAUACAAUGGCAACAAAACUGUCAGAAAUUAUAACCAGCGAAGGAGAUGCUUCUGUGAUAGAAAAAAGACUAACAAAGUUACAAGAAAGGUUAUCACGAAUACCACUGUACGGGAAAGAUAUCAACAAAAGUCUAAGAGAAGAGAUAUAUAAAAUGAUGUCAGAUAUUCAGGGAAAAAUAAACAAAAUGUUUACAUUGAUAGCAGAGUUUGCUAGAAAGGAAACCCAAUCAGUUGGGAUGUUGGCAAGAGCACAUGAUAUGAGGUACCAAGCUCAAUUUUCCAAGUCAAGAAGACAUAGGUUAAUGGAUCGUAGAGCCACAAAGAAUUUGUCAUCUGCCAAAACAGCACAAGAAGAGCUAACAGCACUACAGAUAGAUGUAGAGGAUUUAAAAAGCAUCCACCAGGAAACAUGUGACUUUUUCUUUUGUGUACUGUCUCAGAACUCUAUAAAGGAUGUAUUAAUAGACAGUGAUCCAGAUGAUUUGAUAGGCUUUGGUUUGACUGUCAAAAGAACUGAAGUCAUCUUAGAUGAACCUUCACUAAUUUGGAUACACAAUAUCAGUGGUACCGUUGUUAGUAAGACUGCUAUGAUGGAUGCCCUGGAAUUUAAGUUAAAAGUAGAUGGGCAGUUACAAGCCCAUGGAGGUUUCAACUUUGACCUAGGAGUUACAACAGUAGGACUUGGUAGAGAGUCAAUCAAUGCUUGGUUACCUUUGUAUGUAAAUCAGACACAUUGGCAGAAAGUAAAGAUACUGCUAAAACCAGUACUUGGAUUUUUAUGUACAUUAGAUCCUUUAGGAUAUGAUUACAAACAGAUAGAUGUGAUGUUCAUGACACUUGGUAGCAUGGUCAGUCAACUGUCAGAUGUACAAGAACAUCAGCUUAAGAUGAUCUUUAUCUACCAAAGAACCUGUCAAGCGUGCCUGGUGGACUUUGAUUUGGUUGAACAAGUGACCACUGUAAUGACUAACUUUAUAGCAUCACCUGCAGGGAGAACUAAAGAUGUAAUACCAAAUCUACUGACAUUGAUUGGUUAUCUAUUAUCUCUACCAAAAGAUAGACUCAAGUUCAUCCUCCAGAUGGAUGGAAAGCCUGUGCAGUAUAAUAUGGACAGAUUUUGGCUAGCAUUUACAACAGAAUUGUUAAGAAGAGCUGGAGGCAACGUGUUCAAAGACUCAAAAACUAAUGUUGUUUACAGUUAUAUUGAUUCAUUGGUUAAUGGAUUUUCUGAUGACAAAACAUGCUGUGAUGAACCAGAAUCUUCUUUCAAACAAAUUUUUAAAAAAAAAUUCGACCAGAAGGAAGAAAUAGUUCCUACAGAAUUUGACAUAAAGAGUGGCCUCCCUUUACAACCACCUGCUCCAAUACAUUCAGUAAAAUAUGACAAGGCGAUGGAUAUAUGGGCCCAGUCUAAAUGUGGUUUAAUUCGGAAUAAGAACCAGGCAGAAAAAGUGAGCCAAGCAACUAAACUAGUAAAUGAAUGGAUAAAAGAAGGGCAAAAACUAACGGCAGAACAAACUGACUCUAUUAGAUUAGAAGAAGAUAAAGCUGAGUCAGAUAAUAUUACAGUUUCCAUUCUGAGACUGCUUGUUCAGGUAUAUGGAAAGUUAGGCAAUGCAGCAUACCCCAGAUUAUCUUGCAUUCCAGGAUGUAUGGGCUUUGUAAGUUACUGGCUUGGAGACCGGGACAUCAUUGAAAUAGACCAGAAUGGCGGACUACCUCCAGUAGCUUGGUUAGAAGGUGCUAAGCAAUCUGUAUCAGAAAUGUACCAAUGUAUUGAAGAGGACAACCUUGAAGAUGUUUUCGUGGUUGAUGAAAUUUCUCAAGAUACAGUCCUUACAGCAGCUGCUGGUACAGACAUUGUUGAAAAUGUACAGAGAAAUGCUGUAGACAGUGUACUGACAGGAAAAGAUAACUCUAAUGAUAGUGAUGAUGAUGAUGAUGACGAUUUUGAGUAUGGUGUACCUGAUUAUGAUGAUAAUGAUGUAGACUAUGUCAGUUCAUCUGAAAUAGCCAAAAAGAAAAACAGGAAUAUAAAUAUAACAUCAGUCCUUAAACUCCUGGAUAGGGAUGUAGACAUUAUUGAAAUGUCAAGAAUCUUAGUCUGUCAGAUCCUACAGUAUCAUAGCAACAGUAAAGCAAGAACAGCCAUACAAAAUGGUGACUUUGUGGAUCUAAGUGUCACAGAUGGUAAGGUUCUUAAUGAAGAAGUCCUUAAACUGAGAAAUCAUCUACAAAGUAUGAAAAUGAAUGCCAUUAAGGAUUUUAUGGCAGAAAUGAUAUGGAAGAGGGCAAAUCAUUGUAUGUUGAUGACUGAUUCAAUCUGGGCUUUUCUAGGUUAUUUAAUGAACACAUAUGAAGAUAGAAAUGAAGGUGUCAGUUGGAUGUUAGCAGCCAUGACAGAUGAAUCAGCUGAGUCCAUACCACUUCUGGCUGAAAAAGUCAAAAUAAUCUUCCUCGGCAAAUACCAGGAUCAUGAUGUCCUAGCUAAAGGCAAUGUUUACAUACCUGAAGGAAAGACUGCAAAGAAAUUUUCAAAAGUUCUUGGAGAAGAGGCUUGGACUGAUAUAGAAAUUAGCCUGAGAUCCCAAGUGACAUUACAUGUGUACAGAGCAUCAGAUAUACCAAACAGACACAGCCACUGUAAUUCUAAUCCUUAUAUACCUAACUCACUAAGACUCAAACUUGGUAUGCCAUUAAUCAAAACUAAAGAUGGUGGAAGCAGAACUAAAAGAAUCAGAAGUGGAAAAACUUGAAAUUAUUACAAAGAAAAAACUUGAUAACAACUUGUAGAGAACUGUAAAUUCCAGACAGAUGCUAUUCAAAUUAGACUUUUAAAUAUCGUCUACAUCAGGGUAUUGCAAAAAUCUUUUGUAAUUACUUAGAAGUUCCUAAACUGAGUUAUGCCAACAUGGAAUAAUUGGUGAUAAUAAACAUGUUGACAUUUUUUUUGUUAAUUAUGCAGAACCUUGAAUAUUUUUCUAUUCAUGGUAUUUGUCUCGCCUGUGACGAAAGUUGCAGUAUGCGAGACAUAGGUAUUACUAUCCGGUGGUGGCGAUGGCGUAAACUAUUUGUUUAAAGCUUUAUAUUUCAGAAGGUAGAAGACCUGGAUGCUUCAUAUCUUGUAUGCAGAUACCUUAUGUUAAGAAGUUUCCGUCAAUCAUAUGUCCUAUGUCCUUGACCUCAUUGUCAUGGUUCAGCGACUGCUUGGAAAAAAAAUUGAGUAAUAGGAUAAUUAUAUUUGGUAUAUGGGUUCCUUGCAACGUGUACAUGUCCGUCAGACAGAGUUCACCUGACCAUUUAGGGGACCUCAUAAAGUUCCUCAACAUUGUUGGUGUUAUUUAUCCUACACAAUGUUGUAGAUCAUUACUAAUGGUGGGGGUUCUCAAGUCCAUUAAGGGAACCUCAUAACGUUCCUCAACAUUGUUGGUGUUAUUUAUCCUACACAAUGUUGUAGAUCAUUACUAAUGGUGGGGGUUCUCAAGUCCAUUUAGGGAACCUCAUAACGUUCCUCAACAUUGUUGGUUUUAUACAUCCUACAGAAUGUUGUACAUCAUUACUAUUGGUGGCAGUUCUCAAGUCCAUUUAGGGAACCUCAUAACUUUCCUCAACAUUGUUGGUUUUAUACAUUCUACAGAAUGUUGUACAUCAUUACUUUUGGUGGCAGUUCUCAAGUCCAUUUAGGGCACCCCAUAAGGUACUUCAACGUUAAUGAAGGACUACAUAGUAUUAUUUAUUUUCUUAUUAUUUCUCUUUAUUGGACUAGACUCAUCAUCCCUUCUCUCUGGAUACUAGUAUAAUUUGCGGUUUUGUCCAAUAUUAAUGGAUGAAAGUCUUUUAAUAAAGAAUUGCACACAUGAGAAAAUGAUUUUCACUGCAAAUGACAAAAUAUUGCAUGUGUGUUGAACUUUUUAUAUUUUAACCCUCCCUUAAUGUAUUUUCCAUGACCAGGUAUUUGUUCACCAUGCAGUAUAGAUAUUCAGAAUAAGUUUCUGUAUAUUUUGUUUCCUUCACUUAAAAUGCACUUUUUGCAUCUGGACAAAUAGAUAUUUUUUAACGUUAGAAAAAUUUUUGCAAUCAAGUUUUUAGCUUUCGUAUUCACUGUUUGUAUGUAGGUGACUUAUUAUGCUUUUUGACCAACAGAAAUAUUGAUAAAUCCAAGCUGAUAUUGUGCCCCAUAAAUGAUAGAUUUUGUAAUAUACAGUGAAAAUAAUUUUCUCUUGUAUGCAAUACUUUUAGCAAUUAUUUUAUUAUUUAAUUAGAAAAUAGUGUGAUUUUAAAUAAAAAAUGUAUAUUUGCAGGAUA